AUACGAUACGAUACGUACAAUACGAUUUGGGAAACAAGCAUUUGUGUUUGUCACUGUUUGAGGGAUUUUAAUUCGUAUGUGAAUGUAGGCGCCACCGAGUAAUCCUGUAAGGGGAGGCUGACUGGCGCGCUAGCUUGAGAUCCUGGGCUGUGGAAGAACUUCAAGAAGCUAGAUAUACAUAAUACAGUUGUAUAUCUUACUCCUCGGUCCUACUCUCUUGAUGUUUACAGUUUGGUGCUAUCAAGUAACACAAACACAACACGUAGGCACAUUAUAAAGAUGGCGGAACUGAAGGUUGCGUCUGCAUUAUCCGAGGAAUCGAUGAAAUCCAUUGCGGAGUCGAUUGGGAUAAGUAACUUGACAGAGGAGUCGAUGUCAACUUUGGCCGAGGAUGUCACAUACAGACUGAAGCUAUUGAUUCAGGAUGCACAAAAGUUCAUGAGACAUGGGAAGAGGAAACGAUUGAUGCCGGCUGAUUUUGACAAUGCGCUAAAAGUCAGAAACGUAGAGCCAUUGUAUGGAUUCGAGUCGAGCGAGCACAUACCAUUCAGAUUUGCGAGCGGAGGUGGUCGUGAACUUCAUUUCCUAGAGGAAAAAGAAGUUGAUCUUGAGGAGGUCAUCAAUGGAGUGCUUCCCAAAGUGCCACUGGAUGUGGCUAUGAAAGCUCACUGGUUAAGCAUUGAGGGGCAACAACCUGGUAUUCCUGAGAAUCCCCCACCGGCGGAGAAGUCGGAGCAGGUGAUGGAGAGCCUUGACCCGCUGGCGAAGCUUGCCGCCAUCAAGCCGCUCAAGGACAAGGCUAGCAAGUACGGCGGCGGACGCGGCAAGCACCGCACGCCGCGUCAGCCCGAGCUCGUCAAGCUGAAGGACCUCGAGAUCCACGAGCUCUCCGUCGAGCAGCAGCUCUACUACAAGGAGAUCACGGAGGCGUGCGUCGGCAGCGACGAGUCGCGACGCGCGGAAGCACUGCAUAGUCUGGCAACAGAUCCUGGACUUUACCAGAUGCUGCCGAGAUUCAGUACAUUUAUCUGUGAAGGGGUGAAGGUGAAUGUGGUGCAGAAUAAUUUAGCGCUGCUCAUCUACCUCAUGCGCAUGGUGAAGUCACUCAUGGACAACACGACGCUGUACCUUGAGAAAUACCUGCACGAGUUGAUCCCGGCCAUCUGCACGUGCAUCGUGAGCCGACAGCUAUGCAUGCGACCAGACGUCGACAACCACUGGGCUCUGCGCGACUUUGCUGCCCGUCUCAUGCAUCAGCUGUGCAAGAGUUUCAGCACCACGACGAACAACAUACAGACGCGAGUGACACGCAUGUUCACCAGAUGCUUACAGAAUGACCGAGCACCACUAGCUAGCUACUAUGGUGCAAUAUCAGGCAUGGGAGAGUUGGGCCAUGAAGUGGUGAAGACGCUGCUGUUUCCGCGCGUGCGCUUCAUCGGGGAGCGCGUGCGCGCCUGCCUCGAGGGACCCGUACUGAGCAACAUAGACCGCAUCGCAGCCGAGCACGUCAAGCAGCUGAUCAUGAAAGUUGUAGGUGCCGCGUGGAAGGCCACACGCCAAGGCACUGACACUCUGGACGAUUUCCGUAACGAGUUUGGGUACCUAGGACCACCUACUCAUUCCCACGUCAUGAAGCUACGGCAGGCGCCUCCGCCGUCUGUCGUCCAGACAGGUGUGCGGCCAGGUGUGGGUACGACGCGGAUGACGUACAUUCCAACGGCGGCAGGCACUGGCGCUCGCUCCGGAUUGGUACAGGCUCGGUUUCCGACAACGGUGCAGAGGCCUAUAGGUGGCACUGCUGCAUCUGGCCAAAAAUACGUCAUCGUGUCAUCACAGGCGCGUCCUGCUAGCUCGUCGACAAUUGCCACAUCUCAACAGGUGCAAACUUUGAAGGUGAUGACAACGGGGGCGACAUCUAGUGGCAGUCCGGCGGUGUCGCCCACCAUCGUCAUGGUGUCGGUGCCGAGCGGCGGCGCUGGGUCGCAUCUAACGACGUCCUCGCCCGUCAUAGGGGUCAAGAGCGUGUUCUCUACGGGAGGCCCGGCGGUGAAGACGGAAGCCGCUUUUUCCCAAGCGUCUGGCGAAUUUACGAAGACCGAGAAUUUGGUGACGUACAGUCGCAGCCUACCCACGUCCGUGAAAUCGGAAGAACCGUUUUUGUAGUCCGUUGUGUGUUAGGUAGAGCUUUUCUGGUGCGACCAAGCCAGUAGCCAAGCAAGGUUGAAGCUAGAUGAAAACAUGUUUUUGUUUGUAUGUAUUGUGAUUAAUGCAAUUGUGCACAUGUGGAAAUGCUACAUUCCACGUCUGUGAAAUUGUAACUGUUGUUGUCAUUUGAAAGAUAGGUAAAAUGCUAAGGCAAUAUAACAAUGAUGUGUAAUAUGCAUGUAAGAAAAUUCUACCUAUUGAAAUCCACUAGAAGGAUAAAAAUUAAUAUCCAGAGUCACCAUAUAUUACAGAAUAUGAAUAUGUUUUUCUAAAUGCAUCAUGAGUAUUAUCAAGAGUAGAUAAUAACACAAGAGUAACACACCCGAUUCCCGCAUUUUUAACCGAUUUUCUCAUCAAA